AUGCGAGGUCAAUGGUCUCACGACAGCGUCAUGCAUGGCUAUGACUACGCCCCCCUCCCACACCCCCGCCGUGCCCCUGUCCGUUGGGCAAUUAAGGGAGGCAAGGGUUAUCGCGCGGAGGCGUUGUUGGGGCACGAGACCAACACCCAGGACGCCUUAGGAGAGGCUACCGUCCACGGGGAGUGGGAGCACGUCACGAAGGAGGACAUCGACGCCGCGCUGGGGCAGUUCACCGGGGACAUCAUGCAGGUCCCGCCGAUGUUCUCGGCGCUGCACAAGGACGGCCAACGGCUAUACGAGCUCGCCAGGAAAGGGAUCACGGUGGAGCGGGAAGCUCGUCAGGUGAGGGUGGACUCCCUCCGGCAAGCGGACCCCGCUCUGCCGCUGCCGCUGCUGGGGCUGGAGCUGGAGUGCGGGGGCGGCUUCUACGUGCGGACCCUGAUCGAAGACCUCGGCCGGGCCCUUGGAACCAGGGCGCACAUGACGGCGCUCGAGAGAACGAAGCAGGGGCCGUUCGAGCUCCGGCACGCUCUGCGAUUAGAAGAGUGGGAGUACGAUCGGCUGUGCAAGCAUCUCGGGGAUGCACCGGGGAUACUAGAUCGCCUGGAGGCGAUGACGGGCCGAGGGGCCUGA